ACAGUGCCCACCUCUCUUCAGCUAGGGCCAAGGGUGAGGACCUGGCUGCAGAUCUGUGGGACACGUGGCCCUAGGCUGUGUCCUGAGCCCCUGGCCACCCCACCCCAAGGGUCCCCAGACUCCAUGUGCCCCCACAGCCCUGGAAAUCAAGGUGACUCUUUCUGGGCCUGAUCCCAAGCAAAUAUUUAUUAACUGCCUGCUGUGUACACAGCCCUGGCUGGGCCUGAAAAGGCAAGAACUGGCUCCAAGGUCCUGGCCCCGUCUGAGGAAACUGUCGCCCAACACAAUGACAGCAAUUGUGGGCAGCAGCCGGGGAGACGGAGCCGGAGCUCCCAAGCAGGGGCGGCCGCAGCCAGGGUUGGGAGCCUUCACGGGUCAUUAGCUUGCUUAAUGGUGCUGCAAUAGGCCCGCCGGCCUCCCCUGAGACACCCAGAAGAGGCAGAGGUCACGAGGUGGUCUGGCUCCUUCUCCAGGGCAGCUGGCACCGUCUGCCCCCCCUACCAGGGGUGCGCCCGCAUGGCCACAGGAUGCAGGGUCAGGGAGCAGGGGAGGAACUGAGUCUCCCUUGUGCAGGCACAAAGGCGGCCUCAGGACCAGGGACCCAGCUGGGCACCAGCUGCUGGCUGGCAUGGCCUGCCUGCCGGCGCUGGGGGGCCCACGGGGGUGAGCCAGAGGCCUGGCUUUCCCCGGGGCCAAAGGGCUCCAGGAGGCAACGGCUGCUUCCCCAGGCCCUGCCAGAGCCCUGGCAACAGGGUCAUGGUGCGGCUGGCGGUGCUGGGGGGCAGGUGGGUGCUCUGGGUCCACUUCAUCAUGGUUUCCGGGGAGCAGUGCAGGAAGACGAGCUUGGUGCAGAGCCCCCACAGGCAGGCUAGUGCACAGCCCCAAGGAAGCGCUCCCAGAUGAACUUGGCCGAGAGCAUCACCACAGCCACGCGGAGCCCAGCGAUGCUGGGGAAAGUAGGCGGGGCUAGGACCCCACCCACACCCCCUCCCUGGAAUCCCAGGGCCCACCUGGGUGAUGUUAUCCCAGAGACAGGGACAAGAGAUGGGAGGAUGGAAAUGUCUCUCUGGGAAAAAGGCUGCAGGAGCUGGAGGUGAUAAGCAGAGCAGGUGAAGGAAAGGGAGGCCCCCUCCUCCCUCCAUGUUAGAGAAGGGAGCCCUAGAUCUGGCCACCAGCGGCCUGUGCCCACCUGGGGCUGAGGGCACACAGGGCUGCACAUACACACUCAAGGCUACUGUGAGAACAGGUGAGCAGGGCCAGAGGGCUGUGGAAAGCCCGGCUGAAGGCUGCACCUCCAGGCUGAAGAGAGCUUUACCAGCAUCCACCAGGAAGCCUGGGCUCUGGGGCUGUGUCAUUGUAGAUGACCAUUUCCAGGUCGUGGCCACAGCCCCGGUUCUGGUCACAGCUGGGCCACCAAUCCUCCUGCGCCACCCACCACUUAGCCACCGGGCCGUCUUCAGGGCAUCGGCCGGCCUCAGCUGCUGCAGCCAGACCCUGGCGUUGCGGAAGAAGGCCGGCCAGUCCACAUCCUGCAGCCUACAAGGAGGUCAGGUCUUUGUCAGCAAAGGUGGGAAACCAGGGGAGCGGCGGCACCAGGCCCCAGAGACAUUUGAAAUGACCUCAGAAGACCCAGGGCCACUCAGGGUGACCACAUCAGGGAGCUGCCUCUGACAGGCUGUGACGGAUGUUUAAGGAAGGGAUCGAUGGUCAUCUGACUCUCAGGAGUGCAGGAGAGGCCACUGAGAUCCAUUCAGAAGGGACUGGCUGUUGGUCCCUGUGGACUUGGCCUCUGGCUGGUGGUGAGGAGGAAGAGUUCUCGCCACUCAUCCUCUGGCCCCUGCUGCCCAAGGAAGCAGACUCCUGUGAGCUGAGUUCUGGGAAGUCCGUCUCCAGCAGGAGCUGCAGGCCAAGGGCACAUCUCUGUGAUCGUGUGUCACCAUGGCGGUGCGUGCGUGCAUGCGUGUGCACUGGUCUGUGGCCUGUGGUGCGUGAGUUCCACUGGGACCCAUGUGAGGUGAAGGGUCUCCCACCUCCCCUCUCAUUAGGACCCUCCCUGUGCCACAUAGACACCCAUCUGUGCCUUCCCCUUCUGUGCCACCAGAAAUGGAAGAGAUAGACACUUAAAAGAAGCAACUCAAAUGGAAUGAAAUUGUUUCUAUUGGGGAAUGCUCAGACAUUCAAUCAUCUUAGAAAAUCCCACCCCACCUCCCGCUGCAGAUUAAUUACUCUAAGUGCAACUCCAAUCGGGCUGGUGACCCCCCAGGAAACCUCUGAAGCUGUCCCAGGCUGUUCCCAACAUGGGGCCUCCAACUCUGGCACACCAGGACCCGAGGCCCCUGACAGGCUCCUCGUUCCUGCCUCGCUCAAGGCUCAGGUCCCCCACCUGAAAUACCCCCUCCCACCAGCAUCUCCUGCCUCGCUCCCGCUGCCAGGUCCCCGAAAGCUCUUGUUCAUGAGCUCGCCUGCCGUCCACAGCCCCCACCAGAACCCAAGUGGCUGUGGAAUUCGCUGCCCUGAUUCUCUGCCCAGAGCCUUGGUCCAGACUGUGUUCCCUGGCGAAUUAGUGUUCAGCAUUUUUGUUUGUUUGUUUGUUCUUUAACAAAAGAUUGUUUUGGUUUGAGAUUCAGCAAAAACACACACUGCAUUCAGCUCCUCUCCAUUCAGGACUCAGUAAAUUGGUUGU